AUGGGAGGAAAGAGCGUCGACGGUGGUGAGGGUGGCUUAAAAGGGUUUGGAGGAAGGAGAGAAGGCGGCGAUGGUGGGUUGAAGAAGGGGUUUGGAGGAAGCUGGAAAGAAGGCGGCAAUGGAAGAACGGGAGGAAUGAGAGAAGGCGGCGAGGGCAGAACGGGAGGAAUGAGAGAAGGCGGCGAGGGCAGAACAGGAGGAAUUAGAGACGGCGCAGGCAAGAAAGGGAUGGGAGGGUUGUGUGUGCAAUUUUUCUUGGGCCAAUACUCUAGAAUUGUUUACGCUCAUACUUAUUUCGAUAAUAUUGUGUCUCAUGGUGGUUGUGAUGAUUGGGACCACAUCAGUAACAAGAACAAGACUGCCUUUUUCGAGGUGUACAAGUGUUAUGGUUUUGGGGCGAAAGCGGUCCGUGGAGUGUCUUUGGCUAGAGAAUUGGACUAUGAAUUGGCUCAUCCAUUUCUGGCCAAGAGCUUUGUCAAUGGAAGGCACUUGAUUGCACCAUUAGAUGCUUAA